UCUCUUUCCUUCCCCACUUACCCGCCUUUCCUUCCAGCAGCCGUCCGAUCCCCACUCUCUACUACGCGCCCCCAGCGCCACUUUACUUUCUCCUCUUCUUAUUUCACUCUCUGCUGCAACCGUACGCCCCCACGCCAACCCCAUCUUCUGCUGCAGCCCCCCAUCAAUCGUGAGAAGAUGCAUUCCAGAGAUAAAAGUGCAAAAGCGGGAUCAUCUAGGAACUCGACGGAUAUGGAACCUGUAAUGAACAUGAGAAAUAUCAAGAAAGAAAUUGAAUUCCUCACCUCCUCUCAUAUGUCAUGGAAAGACAAAAAGGAGAUUGAGAGUAGGAAAAUUGUUUCUUUGGGUGGAAAGCCUCAAAAGAAACAAAGAUUGCCUCUAAGUGUAGCACGACCAAUCAUAAAGAAGCAGAAGGAAAGAGAACAAAAGAUGGUACAAGAGCAUUGGAAUGUUAGUCAAUUUGGCGGGAUGGCUAGUAGUAACCACUCUAGAAACUCGUUGGGGAAGCGCAAGCCCGAGAAACAGGUUCUUAAGUCGAGUGAAGGCUUUUUCAAACAUGGUGUGCUUGAUGUCAAGCAUCUACUACGCCCAGCUCCUUCUAGGAAUAGUGACAUUGGAAACGAAAUGGCCGGCAAAGGUAGAAGAAAAGGAGGGAAAAAGAAGAAUAACAAAAGUAACAAAAAGGGUGGCGGUAAGAAGCGCCAUUGAAAUCAUUCAUCACCUACAACAUUCCCGUUUUACAAUGGAAUAUGGAUAUCCUUUUGUCAUAUCAGAUGCAAUUCAAUGAAAUCUUGCAUACCCUUGUUUUGCAUUUAAAUUUAUUACGUCCAUCUAUCCAUUGAAUGAAAUUUUGAUUUUGAUAUUGUU